AUGCCUGCUCGCUGGAAUAAGGCAACUACAAGCCUUAAGCCUCCAUUAGUGGUUCGAACAACCCCCAGAAUUACAUUAGUAGGCCGUGGGAGAGCGGAGAGUAUCCCAUCUGUCCCUCUGGUUGGCCUGAGGAAUCCAAAGGAUCAAAAGGGGACCGAAGAAUGGGAAUCUGGUGCAGCAGUACCAUCGAAGCGCGCUCCAGUACUUGCGGAUGAAGGUAUCGGUACACUUGUUGUCUCCAAAUUACCGCUCGAUGAAAUGACGAUGGCGACGAGGACUCUUCGUGCGAUUCAAGAGGAUCAUAGUUUGUCGAAAUCUCGAUCUCCGGAGUUGCAGGAGGAGUCCCUGUUACGUGAUGUAAAGGUAGAGCAGUCGUCUUCCAUCACUAAAGAGACGAAACCUCCACCUUUGGUCACUAGCGCUGAGCCUUCAACCUCACACGGUGUUCAGAAGAAGAAUAAGAAAUUGUCUACGGAUACACUAGCAUGUGCGCAUCCGCAUUGUCAAUCGACAUUUAGCAGUGUAGACGAUUUGAUCUCGCAUUUAGUCAGUUUCCAUUGCCAACAUCAGUUCAGGCCGAGAAAGUUGACGUUUAUCUCACGGGAAAAAUAUGAG